AUGAAAGCUUAUUUUGAAGGCGCCAAUCAGCGUCAAGAUGACGAGAUUCUAAGCAAACAUCUUGAAAUAAGGGACAAUCUAUCUAUUGAUAGCGCAACUAUCGGCUACGGCGAUGAGAGUCUUCAGAGAGACACCGGCGUGAGAGUGGCUGGACUUGUCAUGAACACCCGCACUUUUAAUCUGAUACUAUCAGCUGUUCAUAUCGGUCUUGCCUUUGUUCCCAGUUAUCUUGACCCUGGCAAUGGUUUCCAAGCAAACAGUCGGUAUGAUCCAGUACGUGACAGCUAUUUACGGAGUGAGGUUAGUGUAGAAGACAGCUUAGAUGCAGGUAACAGUACUGAAGACAUCGAUGUUUUCCUCCUAAUUUCACAUAUUAUUCAAGGUGCUAUUACCAAUUUGAAUGGUGACGACCGUUAUCCAGUUGAAUUUGAAACUCCUAUACGGGUAUUUCUUGAUGUUACUAGUGUAGCACCGCGAAGAAACAAUUACGAUAUGUGCGCUGAUAAUCCAUCCUGCCCCCUGUCACCGGGAAGACAAGUAUUGGAGUUCACCCUCGAUCCAAUGCGUCUAAUUAAUCGUUUCUUCCGGAUGAUCCACAACGAUAUGGUACUAAAGGCAUUGUUUCUUGCUAUUGCUCAUAUUCUUAUAAUAAUUUGA